CGAGGCGGCGCAGGCGGCGGGCGCGGGGGCCAGGGAACCCCGGCCAGGACCAGGGACCAGAGGGCGCUCGCUCCUAGCGCCCGCACCUGGGUAACUUCCCGCCGCCCGGGACGGAGUUUCUUUGCUGCCCACGGACAGGAGGCGGCUUGGAGGGCACGCGGGGUAACCCGCACUCCCACCACACCUGUAUCCAGGGGGACCAGAGGAGCCUGCAGGUCCGGACUCGCUGAGGGAGCUCCAUGCGGGGCCUCCCACGCAAGUUGCUGUUAUGAUGAAAGGAAGGAGUCCAUGUGUCACCGGUUGAGUUCUCCAGGUUCUCCCAGAAGCUGACUCUGGGAGGCAGGGACGUGGCCUGAGGACAGCACUUCUGAGAACCUGGUCCAGCCUGCGUGGGAAGAGCUGGAGCAGAAGGGCAGCCUGAGGCCCUCUUCCCGUGCGCCACCCCACGUUUUACACUUUCCAGAUUCCAAGAGGCACAUUGGGAAGGAUGCAGAUGCGUCCUCGACUCAUUCAGGAAAAGCACAGGCCAAACCAUCCCACCCUGAGCUCUGCAAUGGACCGCAGGCCGAAGCCAUCCGUUCUGCACACCUGUGAUGUUGACCGGGCUACAACUCCCUGCACUCCUCAGCACCUGUGGCCUCUGGGGGUCGGGGGGCGUCCUCCAGGUAAGGCAGGUCCUGGCUCCAUCGCGCUAGCAGAAGGCGUCCUGCGGGCCGAGCCCUGGAGGGAUGCGCCUUCCCCUCCUGCCCUUCUGCCCAAGCAGGGCUGCCGGCCCCUUUGGAUCUUUUUGCGGUCUGGGCUUGCUGUUCCUCUCUACAGUAGUCAGGAAGCCCUUACCCCAAAAAGUAUCUGCGGGAGGCCUUGUCUACAGAGGGGACGCCCCCGAGGGCUCCAGGGGGGUCACACACCAAACCCGCAACAUGGAGUGGAGCCGUCAACCUGGCCAUGCCAUAGAGCUGCUGGUGACCUCAGCGCAAGUGCUGAACCUCUCUGUGCAUCGGUGCUCCACCACGCCUUCGAUCAUUUACCUGUGUGCAAAGUCUAUGGGAGAUUCCACAAGGGUAUAUUCCUAGAAGUGGUGCUGCCGCCCUUGGGAGAGUGCAUUCCCAGUGAUACUCACGUUGCUGAAUUGCUCACUAGCUUGGCUGACAGGUGGCUUGCUUCGUGCUGGAGGAUUCAUGCUGGAGGACAGGAGGCUUACCCCUGCGCCAAGCAGGUCCCAUCGGAGUCCUCACCUUUGAGCCCCGCCCACCAGCCAAUGAGGACUCGCGGAGGUGAUGUCACUACAUCCCGUUUCCCAGCCCUGCCGGGAGGAUGGGACCAGCUGGGGAAAAGAGCCAAUAUCAGAUUCAACAUAUUCCUAUGAUGACGCCCCUGUCACUCACUUGCAUUCUGAUAUGCCUCCCUGUCUGGAAGAAGAAGCAUUGGAGUUACAGCCGCCAGCCAGGGAUUGCCUGUAGCCCUGAGCCAAUGGGCAGUGUGUCACGGACAUGUGAGUGUCAUCCGUCACCUGCAACAUGGCAUUUGACCUUGACUGAUGGAGACCCUUGACACAUGGUCAGACAUCAAGUCACUGGAGACCCAGGCCCUGGGACAAUCUGACCCAGAUUGUGUACUGCUGCCAGCAUCCUAUGAUCCAGCUGAAA